AUGGGUGACGAAGAUGUAAUUCGAAGACGAUUGCUAAUUGAUGGCGACGGCACAGGAGAUGAUAGGCGUUUAAAUGUUUUGUUAAAAACAUUAAUCAAAUGGUGUAAUAGCACAGAUGAAAAGCCGGAGGAGAGUAAAUCAACACAUGACAGAAUGUUGGCACAGCUAGCUCAGUGCGAAUUUGCGGUGACUAAGUCCCAGUUAGGUGCAGAAAUGAUGACGGCAGAGUUAAAAAGUUACGAAUCAUUAUCAAAAAUUCUAGAAACAGGAAUAGAAGCUGCUAAAAAUAAUAUAGAGAAAAGUAAAUCUGAUUUGGCACAAGCAAAAACUGUCCGUAAAAACCGAAUAGAGUAUGAUGUUCUUGCAAAAGUAAUAAGUGAACAACCUGAUAGAAAAGAAACUCUUGAGCAACUUAGUACUUUGAAAACGGAUUUAAGUAGCUUAGAAGCUACAAAACAGCAACUGGAGAGUAGAUUAGCAUUAAGGAAGAAGCAAUUUCAUGUUUUAGUGACUUCAAUUCACCAAUUGCAAGCCCUUUUAGACGAACCAGAUGAAACAGAGUCCAUUUGUGGUGAUGAUGUGGAAAUGAAAGAUAUUCCGAAUGAAUCAUCAUAG